AUGUUCAUUUCUACUCUCGUUCUCCUCGCCACCGCUGGUUCGGUGCAGGGAUACACCAUCGUCAACUCUGGCUAUGUGAUGCACAAGAACAUUGACUCGAUUGUGCUGCCGGGAAAGUACACGAGCCACAUGCACAGCUUCUUCGGCAACGACGCGGUCACUGCCAACACUACGACCACCGAGGAACUCCUGGGAGGCUGCUCCACCAAUGACAACCCGAAUGAUCUCUCCGUCUACUGGCACCCGACCCUCUACGCCAACAGCGGCGGAUCUCUCGUCCCCAUCGAAGCGCGCUACUUCAAGGCGUACUACAACAACAUCGGCGACGCCGAAAUCCCCUUCCCGACCGACUUCAAAGCCGUCACCGGGAACGCCAAAGCAACAUCCGCCGAGGAAGUCAACGAGCUCAUCAACAUGAGCUGGUGGUGCGAAUACGGACCCGAGACAACCCCCGACUCCAAUGGGUGGCCGAACGCAGGAUGUGAGCUUGGUCGGCUCCAGACGCAGAUUCUGUUUCCCGAUUGCGUGAACCCGGAAACUUUGGAGUAUGAUUAUUCGAGCCGCGCGUGGCUUGCAAACCCGAACCGCUGCCCCGAUGGUAUGAAGCGUAUCCCGCAGCUGCGGUUCUCGAUUCGAUUCGAUACGUCGGAGGUUUUGCCAAAUGGUUGGUCGGGGGAGGCACCUCUCCAGCUGGCCAGUGGCAAUUCGUACAGUUUUCAUGCCGACUUUAUCAAUGGGUGGUUGCCCGAGGCGGCGGAGAAUAUGAUGCUGGCGACCGAUAAGAGGGAGUUCCAGGUCGUUACGGGACCCAGGACUGAGCUGCCGAGUUGUACUCCUGUUGAUGUGGACCCGGGCCAUGGCACCAGUGACUAUGAAGAGAGUCUUGCCAUGAUGGCGGAGGAUUCUGAUUCCGAGCCCGUCGCGUAUGAGCCUCAGCCCGAGGCAACCGAAGCCCCGCAAAAGGCCGAGUGUCCUCGCCGCAAGAGGGGUCAUGCUAGACGUCAGGCUGGACAGACCUGA